AUGGCGGACGCUGGAGAGUCUUCUGCUGGUGCUGCAAGCCAAGGGAGGGGGAGGGGGAGGGGUAAGUCUCGCGGUGGUCUUGGGAAGUACCUUCGCGCCCGCGGACGAGGGCGUGGCAUGGGCCGCCCAGCACAAUUUGGCACCCGUCUUUUGUUGGAGGGUGAAGGUGCGGAACAGUUAACGGAGGAAGAGCAAGCGGAACGCGCGCAAGAGUUGGCGCAGAAGUAUAGUCGGCGCAGCCUUGGUACUAAUGCUGAUCGGUAUAAAGAAGAGGAGGUCGAGCUGGAUUCGGAUGGCGAGCCUGUUGUCGAGCCAGAGGUCGAUCUGAGUGCGUUCCUGGAGAAACAGAAGAUAUCAGACGAUGCGGGGCCACUUCUGAGUGCCAUAGAAAAGAAAGAUUACGACGACGACGACGUCGAUACAUCGCUAGCGCACAUCACUUCCAAACCAACAUACACCGCUUCUCAAGCAGUAUCGAAGAAGGGGAAAGUAGAGCAAAUCGUUUGGGACGAAGAGCUCGAUGAAAUGAGUCGAGAGAAGAAGGCCGCCGAAGCGACGUGGGACCUGAAAAACCGGUUUAGAGCAAAGUCAUUCAAGCUACGAGCGAAGCCUGCUGUGCCAUCGUCAUCAACACGAACACGAAAGCAAGAAUACCAGGAGGCACCUGCUUUGCCUUUACCAGAAGGCACCCAAGUGAAACCCAAAACGCAACUCGAAGAAAUGGAAGAGUUCCUUGACGACCUGCUUCCGUGA